AUGUCUCUUAAACGUAAAUUGGUUACAUUAACAAUUGCUGAAAAAGUGAACAUUAUAAGUGAGCAUUUGCCAUUAUUACAAAAAACUGCGGCACCGAUGAAGAAGGCCAAGACGACGUCGACAGCAUUUGCCAAUAUUCCGCUGCUACAAAUUCAGGCUGCUAUGGAGAUAGAGAAGUUGAGUGUGGACAAUCUGGUUCACGUCACACAGCUGUUGACGGAUUUCAAACUGAAGGUGGGAUCGCAAUUUCACAUUUCAGUUUGGAUAGUUUUGAUAUCAAUAUGGCACCCGGAACAUUUUUCCACACUGAUGAACCCAAAGAAAUGGACGACUACGAAUCUGGCCCGCGACGAGCUACUGGAGGAAUGCAAUAUGGAGGAUACUCCAAUGAGAGACAGAAUCAAGGCCUUGUUGCUCGUGGCUCGCCAAUUUAUGAGCACAUGCUUAGAAGAAUUGUCGAUAGAAUUUGUGACAUCGAUUUUCGAGGAAAUGAUCGAUACAUCAGCGACGUUAUUGUCCCCCGUGGACCUAACGGAGUUGAUGAAGUUACUAAAGAGUUACAAAAUAUGUUGCGACAAUACCCAUCAAAGCUCCCAGCCAUCGUCACAGCCCAUGGCGACCAUGUCCAUUGCGUCCACGUCUGCCGACAGUCAAACUCGACUUGUCGGUGUUUAUGGUUGCAACGAUCCGUCCUCUAUCGCCAACAUGGACGACGACGCCUUCGAAGACGCGUUUGGGCGAUACGCCUCACGUCAUCGGACUGGGAAAGUAUCGUGCGAUAUUUUUCUACAGACGGCCGGGAACCCCAACAAAUUGACGGCGUCGGUUCCUAUGGAGGAUUACGUGGUGGACGCAAUUUUAUACAAGAAGUCAGAUCUCGAAGGACUCAGGGAAAUGAAGGAAAUGUGGAAGUAUGCGUCAAUGAAAUGCCGAACGACGUUCCCAGAGAGCUCGGUGCAUUUGCAGAAUAUCAAGACGGCAAUGCGAUCCACUCUUCCUUUGAUGAAGACUUCGGACACGUUGAGGGAGGUUCCAGUGUCAAACCAGUAUGCGUGUACCCAACGUCGCUGAAAAAUUUGUUGUACCACUAUCCUUGUUGCCCACCCGACGCGUUCACGAAUAUCAAAGAAUUUUAUUUGAAUAGUUAAUUAAAUAGUAUAUUGGAAGAGGAUAAAAAGUGUAAAGUAGCUCUUAGGAAUUGGUGCGCUAUUAUACGGGACUGGAGUAUCAACGAAUUUGUAGAAUACUAUAAUAAACCCAAUGUAAAACCGUAUUUCAACGCAUAUGCU